GUGAAUGGAAUAAAGUCAUGUUGACCAGUGACCAGCACGUCUACAGAACGUUUGGAUAUUUGGAGCGGUUUUAAAAUUGAUUAAUUGAUUCGGUGGAAGUAACUUUUUUACACCUGGAUGGAACUCUGGCGAUGCGCUUGGAUUAUGAGGAUAACUGGCGCCACAAUUUACCAUUGAGAAGCAGCAAUUCUGCACUGGAGAAAGCAACAAGGUAGCAAACACAAGCACAAUCAUCCAAGGUACUGUAGCCCUCAAAAUCUAGGAGAUAUGAGGGAACUUUGUAUCUGGAUUCUGAGAGUUUCCAUGCUUCUGCUGCUGCUCAAGCCAAAUCCCCUGGAUUGCCAGCUCACUACAGACCACAGGAAGGUUCCUCAAAGGGCAGAGCCCCAGCAGCAGGAGGCUGAAGGAGUGCAGGGUGGGGGCCUAGGCUCCUGGGGCUCCUGGGGGCCUUGGUCCUCCUGCUCCCGCUCCUGUGGGGGAGGGGUUCAGGAACAGAACCGACCCUGCCUACCCUCCUACACCCCCUCCAUGGGUGCAGCUGCAUACCCCUCCAGGCCAGGUGGCCACCACCCCCAGCACCCUAACCAGAACCUAGGCCAUGUAGUGUCUGCCCUAAGACCCACUGUCCCGCUGCACCGCACCAACUCUGGGAGACCCCCACCCUCCAACAGCAACACCAGCUUGGCCCGCCGAGGCGAGCUGAGGGACCAGCAGAGAGACAGAGAGGCCCAUGCUGGACGCAGGUACAGUAUCUAUCACACCAUACAGACAGGGGCCUGUCUGUCUUUCAGUCUGACCUGUGUUUAAUGUCCUGCAUGCUGAGCAGCCCAGUCUAAAAGUGUCUCUGUGGAGCUCCAGCUCACCCCAUGGUCCAUUGGACUCCCCUCCAGUGUAAAGCUAUUAUUUUAUGGAUGGAGUCAAUGGCUUGGCUUGUACUUGGCGGGUUUGUGGCCUCCUUCCUGUGAGCUUGAGUUAAAAAGCUUUUAAAUAAAUAGAGCUGACAGUUGAGUAAUGGGGGUUGUUGACGUAGGAAUCCAAGCCUCCAGACAAAAGCGCUCUCCGCUCGGCGCUUGCUUGCUGACAUUAAUAUCCAUCUGCUUCUCAGAAGUAAUUUGCACUUGUGAUGUGUGUCUUUGACAUUUUGACA